ACAAUAAAAAUAAUGAUCCCUAAAAAAAUGCAAUCAUGGCUUAUCAGCCACAUCGAAGACUAAUUGAGGCAGAUAUAAGCAGUCGGAAAUUUUAAACGCUUUUAGUCUAUAUCAAAAUAGAUGAAUCAGCCUAAUUUCUUAACUUCAGGGCUUAAUUUAAUUAGGCCACAAACAUUUUUAUGAUUUAUAGAUUUGCUUUGGUAAAACAUAAAAAUGGAUAUACCUGUUGAUGAAAAACCAGCAAUAGAAAGGAACACUUUUGAAAUAGUUACAGAAUUUUUAUCUACAUAUGGAUGGACAUGCCUGUUCAUUGUUGUUGUUUUAAAUUUAAUUUGGAGUCACUUUUAUCCUAAAUACAAAAAAUGGCAGGAAAGACAGGAAGAUCAAAGAAAAGAAGCAGAAUACAAAAAAGAUCCAACCCGGUUGAUUGAAAGAGAGGAAGCUAUGCAACUUGCUAGACGGAAACUCCAGGAAAAGCAUGACCAACUUGCUCAGGAGCAUGCAGAAAAAAUGCGACUGAAAGAGGAGCAAAAAAAGAAAGAAAGAAUUGAAGCAAUGGAGAAUCUUAUGAAAGGAAAGUCUACAAAACCAAAACCCAAAGAUGAAUCUCAAAGUUUGAGACCAGAGUAUAAUCCAUUGAUGGGAGGAAGUAGUAGCAGUUCUUGCUUCAGACCUACGCGUCGAGGUACCAGCGGGGGAGGAUGAGGUUAAAUUUAACAUGUAGACUGAUUAUCAUUCCACCAAAAUAAGUUUGGUAAUGUUUGCAAAGAAAUGCUUCCAAAGAAAUAAUAUUAGUAUAUCAACAGUUUCUUUUUUUCAACCAUUUAAGCUUUUUAAUUUUUGGAAAAAAAAUGGCUAUGUAUUUUUAAAAAGUGGCCACUGUUAAAAAUGCAACAGCACUGGCCAGUAGUAAAAUUUUUUAAUUUAGCCAGAUGUCCCUUAGUUGUUAUUUGUGGGCUGGUAUGUGAGAAGUUGAAGGAGAUUUAACUAGAUAAAAGCACUAUACACAGAAACAUCUUAUUGCCUCUAUGAAAAUCCUUGUGUUUUGCACUAAAUGCUUUUCUGAAUAUGUAGCUUAUUAUUUAAUUGCCCUUCAAUUAUAUCCUUUAUAAUUGUUAAUUAUGUUUUUCCACACUAGGUUAAAUGAUCAAAUAUUCCUAUCUGAAUUGUGUGGAAUGAAACCUAGCUACAUGUUAUUCAACCACUCUGAGCUGCAGAAUUUCUUUUGUUACUUAUUGUGGUGUUUUGGGGCAAUAUUAUGGUUCAUUUGUUUAUUUCUCCUACUAUUGUAACAAGAAGUAUUAUGAUGCUACUUAUCAAAAUGGGCGUAACCAAGAUUUGUAGUUGAUGAAUCUGUGGCUUAGAUGACAUUGUAUAUUCUUAAUAUUGUAAAAUAACUAUUUUUGAGUAUGUAUGUGUUUUGUUUAGUUAAUGGAUUUUCAAGCUAUUUUGUUACUAACUUUUAAAAUUUGUAGAAAAAUGUUUUUUUUUGUUUUGUUAAUAAAUUAAGUGUAAGAACAGGA